AUGACGACAGCUCUUACAGGGUUCACCGGAUAUUCCAUCUCCCCGCUCAGAACCACGGUGCUCCCCACCACCCUCGGGGAGGAACCGAGGAUGAAAAUAGUAAUGACCACCUUCAUGGUAGUUGACCUACCAUCGGCCUAUAAUGUCAUCCUCGGCCGCUCGACCCUCAACAUGAUCCAAGCGAUGGUCUCCACCUAUCACAAAACCAUCAAGUUCCCAACCUCGGCAAGGAUUGGGGAGGCUUGGAGCGACCCAAGGGAGUUGAGGCAAUGCUACCUCACCACAGUCGCUCUCCCACCAAAGCCUCGCCCAACCACGGUUCCUGACCCCCGUGAGGCACUUGUACCACAAAUGAUGCUGGAGCCCCCAGAGUCACUUAUUGAGGUGCCCUUGAAGCAGGGCAAACCCGACUAG